UAUUUAAGUCAAAACCGUUGUUGCCACGGAAUAGAGAAACAUGGCCGUUGCAGUGGGAGAGUAUGAAGCUCGCAUGGAGCAGCAGGAGAAAGAAAUCAAGUCCCUUAUUGCUGAAAUUGAGAGUUUAAAAAACCCUGUGAUACUAGAUUAUUCCUUGGGACUGGGCGAGAUGUUAGAGGAAAACACCAAACUCAAGUACCGUUUAAACGUUCUCAAGCGGAGUCUUCAAGAAGAGGAGGGCAAACUAGGAUCAAGUAUGAUCAAUAUUAAUCAACAUCUACAGAACAUUUUCAGUGUUGCCAUCAAACUUGCCUAUCCACAUUUUGAAAACCCACCAUUAGCAGUCACACCAAGCCAGCAGGCCAAAUUUGGAGAUUACCAAUGCAACAGUGCCAUGGCAAUGUCUCAGCAAUUGAAAGCCAAAGGGGAGAAAAUUAAUCCUGUGGAGAUUGCCAAGCAAAUCAUCAAUAACAUUCCUAAAAAUGAUGUCAUUGAAAAGGUUGAGAUUGCUGGACCUGGUUUUGUCAAUAUUCACCUCAACAAAGAAUUUAUCUCCAAGUUGCUGACUGACCUCCUUGUAAAUGGAGUUCGACCUCCCCCAGUAGGACCAAAGAAGAAGGUGGUGGUUGAUUUCUCCUCUCCGAAUAUUGCCAAAGAGAUGCAUGUGGGCCAUCUGCGAUCGACCAUCAUUGGAGACAGCAUGUGCCGCUUGUUUGAGUUUGUGGGUUAUGACGUUUUGAGGCUAAAUCAUGUUGGUGACUGGGGGACACAAUUUGGUAUGUUGAUUGCACACUUGCAGGAUAAGUUUCCAGAUUACCUGGUUGUUUCCCCUCCAAUUGGAGAUCUUCAGGCCUUCUACAAAGAAUCCAAAAAGAGAUUUGAUGAAGAGGAAGACUUUAAGAAGCGAGCGUAUGAGUGUGUGGUACAACUGCAGAGCCACAAUCAAGAAAUUACUAAGGCUUGGAAUCUGAUCUGUGAGGUUUCUCGGAAGGAAUUCCAGAACAUUUAUGACUGCCUGGAUAUAAAACUGAUUGAAAGGGGCGAAUCAUACUAUCAAGACAUGAUGGUUGACGUUGUUAAAAUGUUUGAGGAGAAAGGUCUGGUCCAACUCGACGAAGGCCGAAAAAUUGUUUUUCCACCAGGAUGUUCAUUGCCUCUGACAAUAGAAAAAUCUGAUGGAGGCUACACAUAUGACACCUCUGACUUAGCAGCUCUGCGACAGAGGAUUAUUGAUGAGAAGGCUGAUAUGAUCGUCUAUGUUGUGGAUAGCGGGCAGAGUGUCCAUUUCCAGACGUUCUUUGCAGCAGCCCAGAUGAUUGGCUGGUAUGAUCCCAAAAAGAUCAGAGUGGAACACACUGGAUUUGGUGUGGUCUUAGGUGAAGAUAAAAAGAAGUUCAAGACAAGGUCAGGUGAAACUGUACGAUUGAUUGACCUACUGGAUGAGGGUCUGAAAAGAUCAAUGGAAAAACUGUUGGCGAAGGAACGAGACAAGGUAUUGACACCCGAUGAGCUUAAGGCAGCACAGGAAGCUGUUACAUAUGGCUGCAUCAAAUAUGCUGACCUUUCUCAUAAUCGGACUAACGAUUAUAUCUUCUCCUUUGAUAAAAUGUUGGAUGACAGGGGAAACACAGCAGCCUAUUUGCUGUAUGCCUUCACUAGAAUCAGAUCCAUUACCCGGCUUGCAAACAUUGAUGAUGCAACACUGCAGAAAGCAGCUACAGAAACAACCAUCCUUCUCAGUCAUGAGAAAGAGUGGAAGUUGGGUAAAUGUAUUCUGCGAUUCCCAGAAAUCAUUAACAAAAUCCUGGAUGACUUAUACCUGCAUACUCUCUGCGACUACCUCUUUGAACUGGCCACAACCUUCACAGAGUUCUAUGAUAACUGUUACUGUGUAGAGAAGGACAGGCAAACUGGUGAAGUUGUUAAAGUGAACAUGUGGAGGAUGCUUUUAUGUGAUGCUACUGCUUCUGUCAUGGCACAGAGUUUUGCUAUCCUGGGAAUUAAGCCUGUUGAGAAGAUGUAAUUUUGCUACAGUAACAAUUGCUUUCAUAAUCUUUUGAUGUAAUUGCAAAUCUUGAUUAAAAUGCUACAGUAAAAAAAUG